AUGUGUAUACCUGGUCGUCGUGAAAAAACGCCGAAUAAUUGGAUUCUAGGAAUUACAGAAAUAGGUUCAGGCUAUGAUUUUGUUAAUGGAAAGUAUGCUUCAAGCGAAUCUUGUACGGAAAACCUUUUUGAUUGGAGCAAAGAACCUGUGCAAGAAAUCAAACUACAUGGCAAAACAUAUUGCUAUCCGAAAGGAAUAAUUGACUGGCUGGCGAAACUUUGGAAGAAUAUCAGAAGUCACUCUCUUGCACUGUUGCAGCAGGAGGCUAGAGAAUUCUUUGGAUUUAGUGGUUCUGUAAAAUUUGAGUAUGGCGAUGUUGUGAACUAUAGCAAGUUUCACAGCUUCAGCCGAGUACAAUAUGAAUAUAAGUCAUACCACCUCCAUUUAACCUCGAACAUCGCUGUAUUGAGGAGACUCUUGAAACCAGAGAUCAGAGACGAGAUAGAUAACUCACAAAUUGAACCGAAAGUCAUAUUCAAAAAAUACGGGACUCAUUUUAUACACAGUUUGCAGAUGGGUGUCCUCACAGGAUCAACCAACAAAUUGAAAUUCAAUUCAAAGAAUCAUUUAAGCAGAAUGAUAAAAUGGGCAUUUAUGUCAUUUGCUUCUGGUUCCGGCUCGGAUGACCAACAAGAAGAAAUCAAAGGUUUUGUGGCGAGUAGUGAAUUUAGAAUGCAAGCGCGUGGUGGCAAUGUAGAAGUCCUUGGAUACGAUUACCAACAUAUGAAUCUGAAUGCAUGGGCCGCCACUGUUAUUGAUGAACCUGUUUUUAUGGCAUUUGAUAACCCAUAUAGUUUAACUUUUAUCGGCGACUUGGCUUGCACCGAAAAACGCCAAAAUCAAUUUGCAAAUGCUUGGUCACUUUUUGCUCAAAGCCAGAAAACAAGUUUUCCAUCUUUUGAUCCACCAUAUUUGGAAUACGCUCGGAUUCGUGUUGAAGAUUCUUCAGAUUAUAACCAAAGUUUUGUUUGUAAGCCCAUGCAAUUUGAAGGAAGCAAAUGGCAAAUAUUUAAGAAAUGGUUAGCCCAAAGUUUAGAUAGAUAUGGCUAUGGCAUCAUCGUAAGAGAGAAGCUUUUCGCCGAAGGUCUCUUACGUGAAGUAACUGAUGCAAAAUCUUUACGCGAGCAAACGUUGUAUAAUAUUGAUAAUAACUCUCAAUCAUAUUAUAGUUGGAUUCCUUUAACCGACGAACCAGAUAAUUUCGUUGCACUCGGUUCAUUUCUCCAUAACUUAAGAAAUUAUGAAUAUGCUCUUGCCCAGAACAAUGGACUGGUAGGUGUGCAUAGAAGUGUUUGUAUUUCUGGAGUUCGAGGUAGUUACGUGAGCGCGGAUGUUUGGCGAAUCGCACCCCAAGAUGAUGCUAUCGAUAUUGGUGCAUUUGUCGUUCACGAUAGUAGCAAACCGCAAUUGCCUAUUUGGCUGUUGAGAAAAGAUGUGGCAGAAUUAGUUGAAUACUUAAAUUAA